AUGAAAUCUUCACACACAUAUCAUCAAGCCGAUGAAAAGAAACCCAUCUCGGAAGAGACUUAUCAACGCCUUCUCUCAGAAAUUGAAAGUGUCGUGAGUGGAGAACGAAAUUUAAUAGCCAAUCUCGCCAAUUGUGCCUCUCUUUUUUAUCACACACUUCGAUAUGAAUUCAAUCAUCCCAUCAAUUGGUUUGGUUUCUAUCUCAUUGAUCAGAAAAAGAAUUCAAUAUUGGAAUUAUCCAAACAAGAAUUAGUAUUAGGUCCAUUUCAUGGUAAACUCGCAUGUACUCGAAUUAAAUUUGGAAAAGGAGUGUGUGGAACUUGUAUUGUGUCUAAACAAAUUCAAUGUGUUCCAAAUGUUCAUGAAUUUUCUGGACAUAUUGCAUGUGACAGUGCAUCCAAUUCUGAAAUUUGUGUACCAUUAAUGUUGACAAGAAGAAGAACAGAAUUACAUUCAGAAGAAGCAAAAGAACAUGAGGAUUUAAUUGGAUUGAUUGAUGUUGAUUCGACUGCUUUGGAUCAAUUCUCAAUGGAAGUCGAUGGAAAAUAUUUGAACAAGUUGGCUGAAAUUUUAAUGAAAGCGAGCGAUUAUUGA